AUGCCUAGUAGCACGAGCAAGAGCAUGAUUUUGCCGGUCGACGUUGCUCUCACGAAGAGGUCACGAAAAUUCUACGAUGGAACAUAUAAGUGGAAUUCAGAAGGCUUCACAGACGAGCAUGGGGUAUACCGUAAAUUCGACUGCUAUGACGCUGCCGCGCGCGCUCCAACACCACUCCCUCCCAUGUUUCCAGGCGAGUUGGAGGAGGAAAGCACCGACGAUUUGAGAGACCAGCAGCCCGUCGCCAACCCCGAGAUCUUCACGUUUGCAUCCAACUCUUCUAGCAAGGGUGGAAUGGUCACGAUACGCCGGGAUGAGUUGUUCCAUGGCCACAAGGAUAGGGACCGACUCAUCGGCAAGAUGGAGGGCAUACUGAUUACGUGUCGGCAUACAGGCACAGAGCUGAGCCUUGAAGAGUGCUAUCGUCUCUGCGGGAUUCCAGAUUCAGCUAUAAGGGUUGAGAAGACUGGUAACCGGGAAACCACUCCACCUCAGAGUCCUGAGAAAGGGCAGACUGCUGUAGCUAAGAGCGACAUGCAGGGUCAGUCUCCCGGACGGAUCGGUGAAGGUAGUACGCGACAUUCAGACUUUUCAGACUGUCCGUCGGAUCUUUCCGACUGGGACGUACAAGACCAGGUUAAGAGUGGGAAGGAAGCACCCCCGCCGGCGGACACGAGGCGUAACAAGCAGGACAAGCCCGAUGGCGAUGCUAAGCCCACUCGCAAGACUACAAGGGGCGUUGCACAGAAGAUCCGGAAAGGUGCCAAGGCGUCGUCCAGGACACAGUCAAGCAAUGCAACACCUGCCCUGUUUUCAUUGCAGUCGGAGGGCUUUACGGGGGCGUCAUCUAACGAUACUACACAAAGACGACGCUCCUCCCGGCAAGGGAAUGCGCAGAGUGGCAAGUGA